GCAGGGGGAGGGGCAUGGGGCGGAGCCUCACGGACCCUGGCAGGUGGGGGAUGGUGGCCGGGAUCCAAUCUCGCGGAGAGGGAUGCUAUCGUGAAGGCCGGGAAGGGUGACUUGUAGGGGCUGCGGAGACAGGAGAGCACCUGCCAGAUCCAUGGGAGAAAUAGUGGUGUCACCUGAGGUGGGAUCCUAAGAAGGUCAAAUGCAUGCAGAGGCGAUGCCCCCUGGGGUCACUGGGAGUGUGUGCGGGGUUAUGCACCUCUCUCUCCCAAUGCCCAUGCAGCGCCGCCCCCGGGGGUGGGGGGGGGGUCUGAGCCCAGGAAUCCUUCCGCGUGUAGCGACUGAGCACAACCCUAGUUGGGGGUCCUACUUCUGCACCUGGAGACAAAGAGCCGGAGGAAAGUGCCAGGGGCUCCCCAUCUUCCACGCACACUCGUGCACCCUGCACUAGGGCAGAAGCACACAGACAGGGACGGGCCUGCAGGCAGGGCCCCUUCUCACCGGGACAAGCACAUGCUCAGGUGAGGACACGAAGGUACACAAGUCCCUCCCGCCCCCAGGACAAGGCUCUCUGAAAGGCACAGGUACCCUCAUCUUGUCUAUAUAUACUGUGUACUGUUUCCUAGCCCACCUACCUAUCUAACUUACAGAUCUUUCCUGGGAUUUCACACCAGGUCCAGGGCCCACUGCCUGUUAAGUUGCCCUUCCCCUCCUCCCUCUUUUCCCUCCCUCCACUAGCCUCCAGGUCCCGCCUGGGGAGUUGAAGGACUAAGUCAGGAUCUCAGCAGGAGGGUGUGUGGAGGGGGUUCCUAAAGCUAGAGAGUGGGGGGAGGAGAGGGAAAGCCCAGGACACCACCAGAAAUCCGACUCAGUGCUGGUCGCUGAGUGGCUGUGGGUGCCAGCACCCAGGAUGCAAAGAGAAUGAAGCCCGGCCUUCAGGAGCACCCAGUCUAGUGGAGGAGCCAGGCGUGUAAACAGCUCAGCGGGGCAAGCGUGGAGCAGAAGUGCUAAGCGCUUUAACAGGUCCCCUACCAAAACCGUGUUCUCUUAGCAAAUGCCUGGGCUGCAGCUUCCUGUCUCCCUAUCCCUGUCCCUCAUCCCUUCUCCCCAGCCACGGGUCCUGGAUAUUUCCACCUGGACCGCCUUCUGCUCAGGGACACAAGCCCCUGCCUCCCAUCUUAGAACAGGGGAAGGAUGUUAGGGUUCAGGAGGGAGACUCGCAGGGGAAUUGGGGUCCAGGGUGUGGGGAAAGAGGGCUUGGGCUUUCCUGGGAGGUGUGAAGCCGCUUGUCAGAGACAGGGGGUGGGUGGGUCAGGGAAAGUGGCUCAUCCUGGGUUCUGGAAGAAGGGAGGGCCCUGCCUGUUAAGUGAGAAGGUGAUGUCACGGGCCCCUCCCUCCGUUCCUGGAAUGCCUGGAAGGGGUCCGGGUCCCGGACCUGCCGUCGCUGAUGCCUGUCUGUCCUUCCUGUCUUUCCUAUCCACACCUCCUCCCGUUUCAUUGCUCAUCUUUGUGUCUGUCUUUGGACGCUGUUUCUCUUGGUGCCAUCCUAUCCAUCUGUGUCUCUUCUGCCACCUGGGCCUCCUCCUUCCAUCUCUGGCUGUGAUCCCUCUGCCUCCUGGGGCGUCCCUCUCUGUACUUCCGUAUACUGGCACCCCCCCUUUCCUGUCCUCAUGGCUCACUCUGGGUCACUUCGGUGUUUAUCUCUGGUCCUGGCCUCCCAUCUCGGCCUGACCUCUUCUCUCCACAUCCUCAUCUGUCUGCCCAUCAUCUCUGGUGCUGCAUCUCUGGUGCUGCAUCCAUCUCUGUGCUGGGUCCUGCCACUCUGUCUCACCCCCCCAACUCAUCUCGGCCCCUUUCCCUGCCCAUUCGAGCAGCAGCGUCCCAUCCAGCCCUCUUUCACCAAGUCCCUCUGCCGUGAGUCCCACUGGAAGUGCCUGCUGCUCUCGCUGCUCAUGUACGGCUGCCUGGGGGCCGUGGCCUGGUGCCACGUCACCACGGUGACCCGCCUCACCUUCAGCAGCGCCUACCAGGGCAACAGCCUCAUGUACCACGACAGCCCCUGCUCCAACGGCUAUGUCUACAUCCCCUUGGCCUUCCUACUCAUGCUGUACGCUGUCUACCUGGUGGAGUGCUGGCACUGCCAAGCCCGCCAUGAGCUGCAGCACCGAGUGGACGUGAGCAGCGUGCGGGAGCGUGUGGGCCGCAUGCAGCAGGCCACGCCCUGUAUCUGGUGGAAGGCCAUCAGCUACCACUACGUCCGCCGCACCCGCCAGGUCACCCGGUACCGCAACGGAGACGCCUACACCACCACCCAGGUCUACCAUGAGCGCGUCAACACGCACGUGGCUGAGGCCGAGUUCGACUACGCGCGCUGCGGCGUCCGUGAUGUGUCCAAGGCGCUGGUCGGGCUGGAGGGCGCGCCGGCCACGCGGCUGCGCUUCACCAAGUGCUUCAGCUUCGCCAGCGUGGAGGCCGAGAACGCGUACCUGUGCCAGCGCGCGCGCUUCUUCGCCGAGAACGAGGGCCUGGACGACUAUAUGGAGGCGCGCGAGGGCAUGCACCUCAAGAACGUGGACUUCCGCGAGUUCAUGGUGGCCUUUCCCGACCCGGCCAGGCCGCCCUGGUACGCCUGCUCGUCGGCCUUCUGGGCCGCGGCGCUGCUCACGCUGUCGUGGCCGCUGCGCGUGCUGGCCGAGUACCGCACGGCCUACGCGCACUACCACGUGGAGAAGCUCUUCGGCCUGGAGGGCCCGGGUUCCGCCGGCGGCAGCGCGGGCGGCGGCCUCAGCCCCAGCGAUGAGCUGCUGCCCCCGCUCACGCAUCGCCUGCCGCGGGUCAACACGGUGGACAGCACAGAGCUCGAGUGGCACAUCCGCUCCAACCAGCAGCUGGUGCCCAGCUACUCGGAGGCGGUGCUCAUGGACCUGGCCGGGAUGAGCGCGCGCUGCGGCGGGGGCGCGGCGGGCGGCUACACGCCCACGUGCCGCUACGGCGGGGUGGGCGGCCCGGGCGCCGCGGGCUUGGCCGCGUACCGGCGCAGCUGCGAGCACUGCCAGCGCGCGGUCAGCAGCUCGUCCAUCUUCUCGCGCAGCGCCCUGAGCAUCUGCGCCAGCCCGCGGGCCGGCCCGGGGCCAGGCGGCGGACCGGGCUGCGGGGGCAGCCGCUUCUCGCUCGGCCGCCUCUACGGCUCCCGGCGCAGCUGCCUGUGGCGCAGCCGGAGCGGGAGCGUCAACGAGGCGAGCUGCCCCACCGAGCAGACGCGGCUCUCGAGCCAGGCCAGCAUGGGGGACGACGAGGACGACGACGACGAAGAGGAGGCCGGGCCGCCGCCGCCCUAUCAUGACGCCCUCUACUUCCCGGUGCUCAUCGUGCACCGGCAGGAGGGGUGUCUGGGCCACAGCCACCGGCCGCUGCACCGCCAUGCCUCCUGCGUAGAGACCUCACUGUGACCCCGGCUCCCUGGACCGGCCCGCCGGCCUCCUCCCCGCCCCUCGCCCGACGGUGCUCCCUGCGUGUAGCAGAUGGAGUCACGCUGGUGGUGGCCAGGGCUGUGCUGGGCACGGCGGGGGUGGGGUGAGGGGAGGUGAGGGGGAGCGGGACAGACCCCCGAUGGGGCCGACCCUCCCCCUCCCUGUACAUAAAGAGACAGCUGGGGGGAGGGGUGGGCCGCUCCGAGAGAACCCCCCCGUCCCCCGCCGAGCCGUCUCUAACAGCCCCGCCCCCGAGUCCCUAGGGAGACCACCUCCCCUUCCUACACGCACACUCGAGUUUUCCCGUCCCGUCUUUCAACGGAUCCUCUGACUGUUAGGUGGCGACUGUGCUGAGGGCUCCGCGUUGGGCCGGGUCUCCAGGGAGAGGCCCUCGCAGUGCAGCUGGGGCGGUUUCGAGGCGUGUCGAGGGGAAGGGCAACUGGGGUUUUCCUUCCUCCGCGGCCUGGUCCCACUGGGGCCUCUCUCUACCGGGGCGGGGGGGCCGUGGUUUGGAGAACAGCAGGGCUAGCUUCCAACCAAGCUAAUGAAUUCAGUGGGUCUGAGGCCGCGGCCGGGUGUCGGCCGUGACGCUCCACCUCAAAGCCGGGAACGGCUGCUCUUCUCUUGGCGCUGGCCCCUGAGAUGAGAUCGGGAUUUCCUUUCUUCCACUCCCUCCGCUGUUGGCUGUUGUUUAUCUCACUGGCCCCGGGAGGCUGGGGCCCCGGGUGGGGCUGGGGGGACUGUGCUCACCUGCAGACGUCACCUCCCUUCUCACCUGUUCCCUGGCUCUGAAGAGCUGCUGGCAAGGGCGCGGCGGGGAGGCUAACUGUGGAGGGCAGUGCACCUCAGUCCUUUAAACUGCAGUCUCCUCAAGUGGGUUCUGGGAGGGCACUCCCUUCAGAGAGGGUGGGAUACCACCCAGCUGGCAUUCCUUCAAGCAGGCCAAGGUAGGGGGAGUGGGACACAGGCCUGGGUGACAAGGGGAAUUCUGGAAGCAGGUGGGAGUCCAAGAGGAGAGGGCAGUGAAAAGAGCCCCCUAGAGGUGAGGGUGUCAGUGGGGUGGCCCUUGCCUCCCCUGCACCUGCGGGGAGGAGUGGAGUGUGAGUCCCCAUGCAGAGCCUCUGCAGGGCCAAGGAUUUUGUCACGAGCCCCAGCUGGAGAAAGACUCAAUUCCAGCAGCAGGGCCAGAGGUAGGAGUUCUUGAAAUCUUGCUCAACUCCCCUGUCCUGCCCUAGCUUGGGAGCUGAAGCCCUGCUGUGUGUCCCAGGGUCUUCAAAGGGGCAUCCUGCCAUCGCCCCAGGACGCUGGCCCCACAUCCUGUUCCCUCCCCACUCCUAGCCUGAUGUGCUUCCGUGUGCAUGUCUGUGUACAACCCCCCUGCCCUCCCCACUGGCUAAAGUUUUCCCAGCUGAUUUAUUGCCCAGGGAUUGAGCUCACAUUUCCAGCUGGAGAGGAUAACCCUGGGGCCUCGAGGCUGCUCACCCUGCUGCUUCUCCCCGUACCUGAGCCAUCAGAGCUCUCCUUCCCCUUCCUUCAGCCUCUGCCUUCAUCCUCCAGCCUGGCCAGGCCUGCAGCCCCGAGGGCGUGGCCUCCACCUAUGCAACAUCUCCUCUGGCUCCCCUUCCCUCUUUCCUCGGGGGACUGGGGGGGGGGGGCACAGACUGUGGGCACACCCUGGCCCCGGGCCCAUCCAGGUUGAGUUUAACUUUCACAUGGAGAUGGCUGAGUGGGAAGGGAGAGGAGGCCGGAGGAGGGGAGGCGUGGGCAGGAGGGAAGAGCUGCCUGCUAGGUCUCCCUGGGCAGCAGUGCCCACCUACCUUGCAGCACUGGGCCCAGAGUCUGUGCUCCUCGGGGGCCUGGCGGUUGGAGCGUGCCUCUUUCCUGUGAAUGGACAUCUGCAAGGUGCAGGUGGUGAGCUGUGGCCUGAGGCCCCAGUUCUUGGCCAGUUGGCAACCCGAUGUCGUGCUCUUGUGUGGGGCAGCCUGGCCACCUCAUGGCUCCCAGAAAGGAGACACUCAGCUCCUCCCGAGAUGGAACCCAAGCUGGGAGGAGAGAGAAGGGGAGGCGCUGUUAUUAUUUUUGCCUGUAUUGACCAUUUCUGCCUAGGUCUUCUCACACAGACAGCCUCACCUCCCACACAUGCACAGACGUAGAGAGAAACCAAUUCUUUGGGUUUUUUUUUUUUCCUUGGUAGCUUUAUUGAUUGCCAGGGAAAAUGAAAACGAGAAAAUUAAUCUCUAAAAUUAAACUUUACACUGAAUGUUCUUGUUUCUCGAAUUAGAACCUCUGCUAGCAGCUGUGGCUAUGUACACUCACACACACCCUCACACCUACACGUUUGCACUCCGGAACUGUCAGAGGGUGUCAGGCACAGACCCGAGGUUGCCCAGACAGGCACACACGUGCAGUGGCUCCCAAGCCCCCUCUGGUGCUCUGCUCAGCACCUGCCUAUUGGCAGGAGUCCCUGGAAAGCAGGCACCCUGAGGCUGUGGUUGCAGCCUGUGACCCAUUCUCUGGACACAAGGGGCUGGAGGUUCUGGGUCCCUCAGCCCAGGACGAUGGGGCAUGGGGUUCAGCCUGAAUCCAUCAGUCACGUCCUCUCGUGGCCUCAUGUGUAGAUGUGACUCCCAUGGGUGUGGCCCCAGGGUGGGCAGCCACAGAGUGAUGGGGCCUCAUGGAGGGUGCUUAGAAGGUUCCAUGUGGCCUGGGGACAAGGGCUUGUGGGGUGGGCUGGGCCGGGCCUGGCUGGGGAGAAGACAGGUCUCUGUCAAUUGGGUGCAUCACACUGUGGCCUUUCUGUUGUGGAUUUCCAAGCGCAAAGAUUGUAUAAAUCAAACUGGUGGAUAAUAAAGUUGCGGAUGACUCACUGA